CUGGGAGCAUUUCCAAUUUCCCGUUUUUUCCUGCCAUCGUCGGGUAAAAGUCGGGAAAUUGCCCACGUUCCCUGAAGGCAGCGGGAUACAUCCAGUCAGCGCGCGCCGCGGCCGUUAGUAGUAAAACCAUGCAAAGAUGGCGGAGCUACAAAUGCUGCUGGAGGAGGAAAUUCCUGCAGGACGGAGAGCUUUACUGGACAGUUUUAACAACCUGGAAAGAGUAGCGGAGUACUGCGAGAGCAACUAUGUCCAGUCAGCAGACAAGGAGCGAGCCCUGGAGGAGACGAAGAGCUACACCACCCAGUCUUUGGCCAGCGUCGCGUACCUCAUCAACACGCUGGCCAACAACGUGCUACAGAUGCUGGACAUCCAGGCCUCGCAGCUCCGCCGCAUGGAAAGCUCCGUCAACCACAUCUCACAGACCGUUGACAUCCACAAAGAGAAGGUGGCGAGGCGGGAGAUCGGCAUCUUGACCACCAAUAAGAACACGACCCGCUCUCAUAAAAUAGUUGCACCGGCCAAUCCAGAGAGGCCGGUGCGCUUCAUCAGGAAGACCAUCGACUACAACGUGCUGGACGACAUUGGACACGGAGUGAAGUGGUUGUUGAGGUUCAAGGUCAACGGGCAGCAGAACAUGAAACUAGGUUUGAGCUUGUCCCGGUCCAACCCCCCCACGCAGAAACCGCCCAGCCCUCCGAGGGCAGGAAAGGGCAUCUUAGGGAAGAACUCCCCCUAUAGGACACUGGAGCCGGUGCGCCCCCCAGUGGUGCCCAACGACUAUGUCUCCAGUCCCACCAGAAACAAUGUGGCCGUGGGACAGGCUCCCAGUCCGGCCCGCACUGCCACCCUGCACCAUCGACCCCGAACAUACAGUGGUAGCAGCGGGGGCAGCCAUCACAGCAGCAGCGGUCGGAGCAGCAGCAGGGAGAACAGUGGCAGCGGCAGCGUGGGCAUCCCCAUCGCCGUGCCGACGCCUUCCCCGCCCUCCACCUUCCCAGUUUCUCCAACUGCUGGACCCGCUAGCUCUUCCUCCACUGCCCCUAACUCCUCUCCCUCCGCGUCCCCUACUCCUUCCUCCUUCUCCUCCUCUUCCUCCACCACAACCUUAACGCAACCCAGCGCACCCUUAUUACCAAACUCAUCUACGCAACACACCGACUCCCCUCCUCAACCGAACCCACAAUCCAAUGCACCCUCCGACACGUCUCCGGCCUCUGACCCCGCCCCCGGCACGUCUGAUGUCCAAUCAGUUGUUUUUCCUGGCGAGCUGUCUCCUCUCCUUCCUCCUGCCCCUCCUCCUCCUCCACUCUCCCCCUCCUCCUCCUCCUCAUCACCCGCCGAAGGUCCCCCCGUCCCUCAGUUCUUCAGCAUGAACCGCCCUCAGCCCCGACUGCAGGCUCAGCAGGUGGGGGGGUCCCUGCCAUACCGCCGCCCCCCCUCUGUGACUGGUCAGCCCAUAGUAACGGAGAACCAGGUCAACGGCAAUCCCUACUACAACCAAAGCCCAGCCUCCCCUCCGCCCCCCUCCCUCCUACAGUUCAGUCCUCAGCUUCCGCUGAUGGGUUUCGUAGCUCGAGUUCAGGAGUCCAUCUCAGACGUCCCUCCUCCCCCUCACCCAGCAGCCGAGAGCCAAUCAGGGGCCGAGGAGCCCCUCCUUUCUCCUCAGCCACUGGAGGACGAACAGCAAGAGGAGGACUCUGCAGUGGUGGAGUACUGCGACCCGUACGCCGAGGAGGACCCACCGUGGGCCCCCAGAAGCUACGAUGAGAAAGUGGUGGCCAUCUACGACUACGCUGCCGACAAGGAGGACGAGUUGUCGUUCCAGGAAGGAGCGAUCAUCUACGUCAUCAAGAAGAACGAGGACGGCUGGUACGAAGGCGUGAUGAACUCCACCACGGGCCUCUUCCCCGGAAACUAUGUGGAGUCCAUCAUGCACUACGCCGACUGAGGAGCCACACCAGUGCAGUUGUGUCCUUGUCUGUUCAGUCCGUUGGUCUCUGCGGACAUGUGUCGCCUCGCUCCAGUUCAGCUUCCCGGUUCCGAACUAGAAGGGAGAAGCUUUUAUUUUAUUGUGACUCAAUCAGAUCAGAAUAAUCAGAAUCUGUAAGUGAGUAUGAGCAUCAGUUCACAAUUUGUUUUGUUCCGAUUUUCCGAGCAGCAUCUGUCUGCAUUUCGGGCUUUCUCAAUGCUGGUUCAGAAUAUGUGUUAAGUAUUAAUAAGGUCGCUUGUUGGAGAACUGAGCGUCAUUUCAGUUAUUUUAAUGUCGUUGUUUGUUUCACUCCAGAUGUGUUUGACGUGAAGGAUCCAAUUCAGAUGAAGUUUUACUUUGAUCACAACGAGAAAAAAAGUUAGUUUACUUGAAAUCACAAAAUAAUCAUUUAAUCCUUAAUCACAGGGGACAAUACCAAAUCUAAAAUUACCAAAAUAUAGCAUGUCUGGUUACAUGGAGGAAAACAUGUAGUAACUAUGAUCAAAAUGAGAUAUAACAAAUCAAGUGUUCAAAGAGGAAAGAUGCUUUUGGUGUCAUUUAAGUCUUCUCACUGCAUCUUGGUGGUUUCUGCCGAUCUCCUCUCUUUAUUCCAUCAUCACGUCGCCCUCAACUGCUUCCGUAUUAAUAUUUUAGCUCGUUCAGACGCUGCUGUAACUGACCGCUUCACCAUCGUACCGCCACGUCACUACGAGCAGCAUUUAUUUUAUUUAUACUCUGCUUCCCUUUGAGCUUUGCCUUAACAGACGAUUUACUUCUUUUUUUUUUCAAGAGCCUUACCUCCGUCUUCUCUGUCAAUGAAUGAUUAAACUUAACCUGUUGUUACUUGUAUUCAUAUUGAUCUAAAUGGACAGGAUCAGAGGAGGUUGGCAGAGGUUCUCUCCACAGAACAAAUUCAAUAUUGACGCACACGUACUUGAAGUGUGACUUCGGAGCCUUUUUCCUUCCUGGACCUGAACAAAGCGCCUGCUGGAGAUUCUGGACCUGAAGUUUACAGCGUGGUUGCCUGCAUGCCUGAUAUAUAACAGACAUUUCAAAUCACAAUGACUUCAUAUUUGUUUUUUCACCAACUUGCUUUAUUGUUUCUGUUCGAUCAGCUGGAGGUUGUGAUGUUUUUGUUCAGUAAUGUUUGUAAGAACCCUUUAAAAAGAGCUAUUAAGUGUGUUUGGACUCCAGACUGACUCUCAGAUUGAAGGUGGAUAUUUUCGUGCCAUAAGUGUGUGUGUGCGUGUGUGUGUGUGUGCACCAACCCUUGUGGACUAAAGUGACUAUGGACCUGAAACGGUGUCUUCUUGUUGUUGGGUGUUAUUUAAGAGGCACAACAAGCCGAGUCGGCCAAUCCCUGAGAGCAGAGCAAAGCUCAUCGGCUGCGUCUUCUGGCCCUGAAGACGGAGUGUGUGUGUGUGUGUGUGUGUGUGUGCGUGCUCACUAUGAAAAUGUUUACUACAUGUUUCCUGUUUCUGGUGAAGGUGUUGAUCUCCAGCAGACCGGCGGCAUAAAGCAGGGACACUAAGCCGCCGCGAGGGCUUCACAUUGAAUUAUUUAACGUUUUAGUGGUGUGAGAAGUACAUAAAUAAGCUUUCUGGUUCUUCUAUUUGUGUACGUUGCAGUGUUGUUAUCACACUGUGGAGGUUAAGGACACAUUUCCUGCCAGAGAGAAGUUUGUUGUUUUUCCAUUCCGAUUGAUCCGAGUCAGGUAACAUUCCCACAUUGAUUCAUGAGAUUUGGAUCAGACUUAUGAUACUAUAUAACGUAUUGGCAUAUUCUGAUUUGUUAGUUAUUCUGCAGCCUCUAGACUGCUCAGUAAAAUGUAAAGACAGCUUCUCUCUGGCUCAUUUUACCAGGAAUCUGCUUCAUGUUUUGCCCUGCAGACGUUAAACCUUUAACUUUAUUAAUAGUUUGUCUUUGAAAACCAGCUCCCUUCUGGGUCUGAUUCCAUUUGGACAAGUUUGGGGAUAUAGCCAUUAAAGUCUAACAAAUUUUAAUAUAGAAUUUUUUAACUCUGUUUCUUAUCAACAAAGAACAGUUUAUUAAGUGUUGAAGUAAUUAAACAGUACAUGUGA